CACAGCCUUACACAAUCCUCGAAGCUGUGGGCUGCUUUGCAGUGGCCAGAUUGGCUUCUCAUUACAGGCAGUUGCUUCUCACCAGGGCCUUCGGGACUUCCUUUUCAAAAAGAUGGAGUUGGGCCGCUAUCACUGAAGGGGGCUGGAGGGUUUCCUGCGUGGAUGCACGUGAUGGUGAGGAGGCACCAUGGUAGGGAGCUCAAUGCUGACUUUCCUGCCAGGUGACUGUCAGUCUCUGGUCUGCUAGAUCUACUUCCUGGAUGUGUGAGUACACGGCCCAUGCUAUCAGCCUUUCCUAAAAUAAGGAGCGAAUUGUUUUCUGCACCUGUUCCAGAACUGGGUUAAGAUCCCCAUGUGUGAAAAAUGAAGCCCUGGAUUGCCAUGGUCUGCUGUUUAGUGUCUUUUCUGACAACAGAAUGUUCUCAUUUCAAACUCAAGACUCACAGAAAAGGCGAAGAUAAAUUUCAAAUAUCUCUUCAGAAGCAUGGGUUUAGACCAAAACAAGGUAAAUGUGAUGGAGUGUGCAGCUCUUCUUCCAACUGUAACCAGAGCUGUCCUUGGAACUUCCGUGGAGAAAUCAUAUUCACAUGUAAUCAAAACAAAUGGCAAAAAACAAUUGAAACAUGCACAAGUCUCUCUGUGGACGCCUUGUUUCAGCGCACACAUCCUCCAGCAAGCCUAUCCUUGGCAUCAUCUUCUGUUUUCCCCAUGAGCUUAAUUGGCAAUGCGGCCCCAGUCCAUGUUGAGAAUGUAUUUCAAGGAAUCCGAAAGUACUGCCCUGAGGACUACAUUUGCAUUGUCAAUCCUGUGAAAUCCUCCGCAGUUACAUCUGGAAAUAUUGCAUUCAUAGUAGAGCUAUUAAAAAAUAUCUCUUCAGACUUGCAAACCUCUGGAAUACAUGCUAACGUGACUUGGAAGAAAAUGAAGAACUAUGGAAAAGUGGCCAACCAUAUCCUUGGCCCCACUGCCAUUUCAAAUUGGGCUUUCAUUCCCAACAAAAAUGCCAGCUCCGACCUGUUGGAGUCAGUGAACUCUUUCGCCAAAAAACUCCAAAUCCAAGGUAAAUCUGAGAGCAUUGUAGAUGAACUCUUCAUUCAGAUGAAAGGCUCUCGCAUCUCUCACAGCCUCAGCCUCUCCGUACCAAGGUACAAUGCUACCGAAGAUAUCUUAGUGGUGAUAGAAAUUCCCAAGCAAGCAUUACAGGAGCUGUCGUCCAAUGCCUCCCAAGCCAUUGCCAUAGCUUUUCCAACUUUGGGAGCCAUUCUAAAAGAAGUCCAUCAGUCAAAUAGGAGCACUCAAAAGCCCAUAAAUGAUCUGAUCCUAUCACUGAUUUUGCCAGAAGAUCUGAAUGAAAUCAUACUCACCUUUGAAAAAAUCAACAAAUCCCAGAGCACCAGCAGCCAGUGUGUCAGCUGGGAUCCUGAGAAAAGCCAGUGGGAUGAGAGCUCAUGUACAAUGAUGUCAGACAUCAACAGCACAGUGAAAUGCCGGUGCAGGCACACCAAGGCUGUGAUGUCCUUCUCUAUUCUCAUGUCUUCUAAGCCUGUAAAGAACCCUAUUCUGAGCCGUAUCACCUUCAUUGGACUCAGUGUCUCCAUCAUUAGCUUGGUGCUCUGCCUGGUCAUCGAAGCCAUCGUUUGGUCCCGGGUGGUUGUGACAGAGAUAUCCUACAUGCGCCAUGUGUGCAUUGUGAACAUUGCAGUGUCCCUCCUGACUGCAAAUGUGUGGUUCAUUAUUGGCUCCAACUUUAGUGCAAGUGUUCAGGAGGAUCACAAGUGGUGUGUGGCUGUGACGUUUUUCUGCCACUUCUUCUUCCUCUCCCUGUUCUUCUGGAUGCUCUUCAAAGCCCUGCUCAUAGUCUACGGAAUACUGGUCGUUUUCCGCAGGAUGAUGAAGUCUCGUAUGAUGGCCAUUGGCUUUGCCAUUGGCUAUGGGUGUCCCCUUGUGAUCUCGGUCAUCACGGUUAUUGUCACAGAGCCUGGGGAAGGCUACACCAGAAGAGAUGCCUGCUGGCUUAAUUGGAACCAAACCAAAGCCCUUUUUGCUUUUGCCAUCCCAGCCUUGGCCAUUGUGGCUGUGAAUCUCCUUGUGGUUCUGGCAGUUGCUAUCAACACACAGAGGCCCUUGAUUGGCAGUUCAAAAUCUCAGGAUAUGGCCAUUGUUUUCAGGAUCAGCAAGAAUGUUGCCAUCCUCACCCCACUUCUGGGGCUGACCUGGGGUUUUGGUCUAACAACCCUGCUAGAAGGCACACACAUGGAAUUCCAUAUAAUCUUCGCCUUGCUCAAUGCUUUCCAGGGCUUUUUCAUCUUGCUGUUUGGUACCAUUAUGGAUCACAAGAUAAGAGAUGCUCUGAGGAUGAGGGUAUCUUCAUUGAAGGGGAAAUCGAGGGCAGCAGAGAAGGUGUCAUUAAGUCCAGCCAAUGGAUCCAGAAUACUGAAUCGCUGAGACUAAAAUGUCAGGUUGGUCUCUGGUGUCCAUGGGGACGCUGGAGGAGAAGCCGAUUACAUUGAGAUGUGUGGAAAUAGGAUCAAUAAUGUUCAGUAACUGAGGAAGAUUACCAGAAGUCAACGAAGCCUUUAACAGAGGCCAUGCAGAUCCACACUCAGGACUGUCGAAGCUUGGUGGGUGAUGGAGAAAGUCUAAUUGUGGCCAGAGAUGAAUCACUGUACACACCUCUCACACCUCCCUCUCCCUGUUCCAUUUUUGGAUUAGUAUAACUUGCCCAACAGAGACUGUCUAAUUUAAACCUUGACUUACCUGAAUCAAAAUGAGUCAGAACUUGUAAAUAAAAAUACCCCAAGACAGAAGCUGCUUCAUUUUCCUCAUAAUUCUUUUCACAGAACGGAGUCCUGUAUUUUGUUUGUAUGUCAAAGAAAUGGUAGUUGGUACAGGACCAAAUUUGAAUGACAUGGGGGAGAAAGAACACCACAAAUUUAGAGCAUCUUCCUUUAUAUAAGGAUGCAGAAAAGGCUGUAUUUUAAGGUUUAGGACAAUACUAAUGUGUUAAGGAAGCAUCUAAGGGGAAUUUAGGACUUCUUUAGGAAAACGUGUUAAGCUCAGGAAGUAACCCAAAAUAGUUUCAGGAAGUCCCUGAAGCUGACCAGGUCCACUAGGCCCCUCCCUUUCUGUGCAUCUAUAAGUAGUAAAGAUGGCUGACAUGGAAGAGAGGAAUAAGUCAAGCUUCCUGGAGGAUCCUCAGACCAACUAAGCCACCUGCAAAGGGCAUGCUUCAACCUAUUGAGUUUCCUGCAGGUUGUACACUGCAGGUUGUACACUGUGUACAUGAGACAUUAUCAAUGGUAGGAUAAGCUUUGAUGACACAGCUGUCUUUAAGUCAUUUCGGUACCUGUAAGUAACCCCUCAUCCAUAUUCUUGUAAAUAAUCUCCAAUAAAAGUCAUUGGUUCACCAAA